AUGAUCCACAUCCUAUACACAUCUCGCAAUGGGGAUAAAGGUGUUGGUAUUGAUUUGUCUAAGAGAUCUAGAGAAGAUUCAGGAGUAGUUGUGGGGAAAGCUAUGUCUAAGCAAAUUCCAACAACAAUUCCAAUGAAGUUGAUUAUCACAUUAUCAACAACAACUACUACAACAGGGAAUAUUUCGCAAAGGUAUGCUAAUCAAUCAAAUGUUCAAAAUAAAGGAAUUUCUAUUAAUGAAGGAGCUGGAGGUUCGAGUUCUACCCUUGUUAAAUCAACGUUACAUGUUGAUCCUAGAGACAAAGGGAAAUGUAUUCAAGUUGAAAAAACAAUUGAGGAGAAGAAGAAAUUAUAA